ACACAUCAUAACGAUUAUUAGUGCUUUGAUCACAUUUGCAAGAUUGAGUCAUUAGCCUUCAAUAUAAGGUGGCGUGUGAUCCCCGCCUCCCAGACGAAGCUGAACCUUCGCUCGUGAGACAUCAGGCCGACGCACUCCGAUCGUUGCGAAAUGAAGGGGGUCUUCCUGUUAUUCCUCCUAAUUAGCGGAGCAGUUGCUGCAUCCCUAGAUGUGCUGGAAAAUGAGGUUCGAGAUUUUGAUUCUGGUUCUGGCUCCGGCUCUGGAUCAGACUCUGGCUCCGGUUCUGGAUCAGACUCUGGCUCCGGUUCUGGUUCUGGCUCCAAUUCUGGCUCUGGCUCUGGUUCUGGCUCCGGCUCUGGCUCUGGCUCCGGCUCCGGCUCUGGUUCUGGUUCUGGCUCCGGCUCUGGCUCUGGCUCCGGCUCUGGUUCUGGCUCCGGCUCUGGUUCUGGUUCUGGCUCUGGCUCUGGUUCCGGCUCCGGCUCUGGUUCUGGCUCCGGCUCUGGCUCCGGCUCCGGCUCUGGUUCUGGCUCCGGCUCUGGCUCCGGCUCUCCUUCGCCUCCUGACGACCCUACCACCGAGUCUUCUACCCCUCCUCCACCCCCAGACGACCCUACCACCGAGUCUUCUACCCCUCCUCCACCCCCAGACGACCCUACGACCCCUCCUUCCCCAUAUCCCGAGCCGACCACCCCAUCUGGCUCCUGUGAUAAGCCCGAUCCCGAGACUUGCGCCGAUCACAAAAUGAAUCCUGUUCCCUUCUGUUGCCAGGAUGAAAACAAUAUUUGCCAAAAUCAAUACUUUGGCACAUGCAAGCUCUCGUGGCAAGACAAGUGUAAAUGUGACGCCAUCCUGAGCGAUGUCUGCAGUGGAGAAGGCUGUAGCUGUUGCGUAGACUGCAGUCGUGACACGAGUAACCAGUGCACAUACGGCGGUGGUUUCUGUAGGAAAAAUUGUGGAAAGUUCGCCUAUCCUAAUGGUGAACCGUGCAGCAACAAUGAACACUGCAGGUGCUGCAAAAAGUGUGACGAAAGUAUAUGCCGAGAACGAUACCCUACGUCGUGCACCCUCAGCGACGAAUCCUUCUGUUCGAACGGACACUAUUACGUGCAGGAGCCUAAUGAGCCCUGCGGCUGCUGCGUUCCCUGUUCUGCCAAUGCCACGUGUGUGUCACUGGGUGGAUAUGCUGAGCGAAGUGAAUUCCAGUGCCGGGUCGGUUAUGUUGGGGUCGAAUCGCAAGAUGUGUGUAAAUGCUGUGUUCCGGAAACACCAAGUGAAUGCAAUAGGAAUGCUUCAGGACUGGUGUUUGCUGACACCGAUUACUGCUGGGAAGGAAACUGUUUCGUGCAUUUUGAGCAAAGGAAUUACAGCAAAACCUCCAGCGGGAAGGAUUGCAACUGCUGUUAUGCAGGACUUUGUCGGCGCUGCUCCCCUGAAGCAGGAUGCAUCGAAGGAGGCGGCUGCUGCACCACGAAGGGAACAUGCCCUUGCGCGGACUACGUUAACACAGACGAGUGUGAAAGCAACGAUGAUGUGCCUUGCCGUUGUUGCAAACACAAGUGUCACCAGAAUACAAGGAAUGAUAUUUUCCGCUUGUCAAAAUUCUAUUAAUAUUUUAGGUCUUCUCAUAAAGCCCCAUGGUUAUGUUCACCCUUUCAAUAAAUCAGUUUCCUUAAA